AUGAUGGACUCAGGAGGAGCAGGAAUCGAGUCUCCGCCCACCUACCAUCGAAGCUACGAGCAGUACGUCCAAGGUGCCGUCGACACGAGCGCAGACUCACCCCAGGAGCAGACCAGCCCAGAACUUGUUGUCUGGUCGACUCUCCCCUACGGCAUAGACUACAGAACACAGUAUGACUACAGAAAUCCAUAUGAGUCCAGAGACUUUUCCACUCAGCAGUUCGCAAGAGCACCAUUUACAACUAAAAUGGGCCAGGCGAAAGCGCUGAAAGAAGCCAGGAUAAGGAGACCCAUGAAUGCCUUUAUGGUGUGGGCGAAGGUGGAGCGGAAGAAGCUGGCUGAUGAGAAUCCAGAUCUGCACAACGCUGACCUCAGUAAAAUGCUAGGUGAGUUAUUUCUAUUUUCAAAGAUUUUGUGGUUCAAAAAACUAGCUGUAUGGACACCGUCCGGUUUCUAUAUUUAUGGAACAGUGAGCAAAUGGGCAGGAGGCUCAUCUGGUGUUAGAUGA